AUGUACUUGUCUGAUGGCAUUCGCCAAAUAGAUUACGUAAUCGCCUUCAGCUUUUCCUCACCGUCCGUUGAGGAGCCAUUUCAGGACUUUCUCAUUGCCCUCCUCCACCGCGGCUUCAAUAUUGAGGUGAGCGAGAGGAUGUCACAUUGGCUUAGCUACAAACUUUCACCUCCAAAAUGUGCUCUAUCGUAG